GAGUACAGUACGGGUGUCAUAUCAUCAGCAUAAAUGCAAGGGUGUCUAUCUAGCAUGUACCUAGGUAUGCAUCUCGUAGAUAAAGUGCGGGAACAUUGUUGAAGCAUACCUGCCCUCCCUCCGUCUACUCACCAGAAACCUUAUUCGAGCAUAAACAAAGCAACGAAGCAACGAAGCAACGGAGCAACGAAGCAACGGAGCAACGAAGCAACGGAGCAACGAAGCAAUGAAGCAACAUGGCAUCAGAUGACCCCUCUAGCAUAUCCCCUCCCCCCCAGGUGUCUUCACGUUCAGCCCAGCCAGCCAGCUGGACACGUUUAUUGUUAUGUUACAUUUGCAUUGAUUUCCACAUCGCCCAUUGCUUUUGGCCUGAUCUCGUCUUCCUUUCUUUUGCGGGUGGAGAGUCUCCAGAUACCUGCAUCCAGCGUAUCUGUCCCAUUAUACAUAUCCACCCCCCAGCACCGAAUGCCACGGAUGCGAUGGCAUAUCGUGGGGAAAAGAUGAAGAUUCUAGAGUCAUGCACAUGCGAGGAAGAAGGGAAUGAUGUAUGUGUGCAGCAAGAUCAACACUCACUCUCUCGGUGCUGCGUACGCGAGGAAUCUAUGUAUGUCGUAUGGAUGUCUCGACAAAGCAUCUGCGAAGUCCUACAAUUGCAGUCUGUCGGUGCUCUAUAAUUUCCACUCGAUAAUUCCCUAAUUUCUCCAUCCUAUAGAAUUUCAUUUGACAAUUGGCGGAACACUAAGAUAAAAAAAAAUAGAAAAUGGAAGAAUUUUGGGCAGAUACAACAAAGCGGAUGAUCGUCCCAUGGGGGGAGGGGGGAAAUCCUUGAAAAGGAGGAAAUUGCUGGUGUGCACUCUGUAGAGCCGCGGGUCCAUAAAUGAGUCUUGCCUUGUUCAUAGUGGAUCAAUCAACAUUACGA